CUGACAAUCAAUUCCUCUUACGCCCGUCUUCAAACUUAUAUAGUUGAAAUACCUCCCCCCUCUCGCUUAUAAGUUAUCAUUCUUAUAUAUAUAUUCCUCAACUCUUCAUCUAUCAAGUCCUAUUGAUCUUUCAACGACCAACAACCAGUCAACAUGCCGGGUGGAGCUGUUUUAAUGGCGACGACCAACCCCGAUAGGGUUGAAGCGCCAGUGACCGUCAAAGCAUACCUUUUAUGUGUCUUCGCCUCUUUCGGUGGUAUCUUCUUCGGUUAUGAUUCCGGUUAUAUGAAUGGUGUCCUGGGUAUGAAUUACUUUAUCAAUCUCAUCACUGGGAUCCCCAUUCCCCCAUCAGGUGCAUCUCAAGCAGAAUUAGACGCCUUCGUCCUUCCCGCCAGUAAAAAAUCAGCCAUCACCUCCGUACUUUCCGCUGGUACAUUCUUCGGCGCUCUCAUUGCCGGUGACUGCGCAGACUUCUUAGGAAGAAGGAUCACCGUCGUCAUUGGUUGUGGUAUCUUCAUCGUCGGUUGUAUCCUUCAAACCGCAUCUCAUGGAUUCGGUCUCUUGAUUGCCGGUCGUCUCGUUUCCGGAUUUGGCGUCGGUUUCAUCUCGGCUAUCAUCAUCCUUUACAUGUCAGAGAUCGCCCCUCGUAAAGUCAGAGGUGCCAUCGUAUCCGGAUACCAAUUCUGUAUCACCAUCGGUCUCCUCCUCGCUUCCUGCGUCUGUUACGCCACUCAGAACCGUACCGACACAGGAUCUUACCGUAUCCCUAUCGCCAUUCAGUUCCUCUGGGCUCUCAUCCUUGGUGGAGGUCUCCUUCUCCUUCCCGAAUCCCCCCGUUGGUACGUUAAACGUGGCCGUGUCGACGAUGCAUCUCGCGCCCUCUCCCGUAUUCGAGGUCAACCCGAAGACUCCAACUACAUCCAAGAAGAGCUCGCAGAAAUCAUCGCCAACCACGAAUACGAAACUGAGCUCAUCCCUUCCCACAGUUACUUCGCAUCUUGGGCCGCCUGCUUCAGUGGUAGUCUCCGGAACCCUGGCUCCAAUGUUCGUCGUACCAUCCUCGGUGCUUCCUUGCAGAUGUUCCAACAGUGGACAGGUAUCAAUUUCAUCUUCUACUUCGGCACAACUUUCUUCAAGUCCUUGGGAACUAUUCACAACCCCUUCCUUAUUUCCCUUAUCACCACUCUUGUUAAUGUCUGUUCGACCCCCAUCUCUUUCUGGACCAUCGAGCGAUUUGGCCGUCGACCACUUCUUAUCUAUGGCGCCCUCGGUAUGCUCAUCUGCGAAUUUAUUUGCGCCAUUGUUGGAGUUACGGACGGCGGCAACCAACAAGCUGUGAAGGGUCAAAUCGCCUUGAUCUGCAUCUACAUCUUCUUCUUCGCUUCAACCUGGGGACCUGGGGCUUGGGUCAUCAUCGGAGAGAUCUUCCCUAUCCCCAUUCGAUCUCGUGGCGUAGCCAUUUCUACCGCGUCCAACUGGCUCUGGAACUGUAUCAUUACCGUCAUCACCCCUUACAUGGUUGGUACCGACGAAGCCAACCUCGGCUCUCGCGUGUUCUUCGUCUGGGGUUCGACAUGUGUUCUCUGCCUUCUAUUCGCAUACUUUUGCAUCUACGAAUGUAAGGGUCUUACGCUUGAGCAAAUCGACCUCAUGAUGGAAGAAGCCAGUCCUCGUCAAUCAGCGUCCUGGAAACCUCAUUCGACGUUUGCUGCCAACUCGGGACUGGCGAAGGAUGGGAAAUUGGCGCUUGAGCAACAUGAGAAAACGGCAGGGGGUGAGAAGGCGCAUUUGGCGGGUACCCACGCUUUGCAUCAGGACGAAACUGUACCGAAUCACGGUGGUGGAUCCCCUGUUUGAGCGGGAAGAGGGAAUAGGGAUUUGUGUGCUUUUUUCUUCUUGGAACCGCCAUGAGAAGGGCGUUUUAAUGCGAGAUGUGUAGCAUCGGAAAGAAGUAAUGUUAUAAGUGCUUUGCAGUGG